AUGCUCGAUGUCCCGCCGGACGGUGGUCGCGGGUGGGUCGUCGUGCUCGGCUGUGUCAUCUUCUCUGCAGCCACGGUCGGAUGGGGGUAUGUUUUCCGGACAAAACUGCCCGAUCCUUGCUUCUCUCUUGCAUCUGUCGUACUCACCACUCACCAGGUUUGGGGCGUCACGGAGGAGUACUUGAAGAAUCAUGUCUUCCCGGACGCUUCGGACUCUGUGUUGAGCACCCUUGGCAGCCCGUUCUUGGCUGCUGGUGCCAUUAUUUGGACCAUAAGCAUGCUCGCAUGCAUUUUUGCAACGAAGCUGUGGCACUUCUUUGUGAUCAUGGGUCCAGUCCAGGGUAUCGCGAACGCAUUGGUGUUCCCGCUGAUCGUGGCUCUUCCGGCCCAGUGGUUCUUGCGGCAUCGCGCACUCGCAACAGGCAUUGUCGUCGCUGGCAGCUCCAUCGGUGGUGCAGUGUCCUCCUUGAUAUUCGGCGUGAUGCUCAAUUCCUUGGGCCUGAAGAAGUCUUUCGCAAUUUACACCGCUAUGGACGGAGCUCUCUUCGUUGCCGCAUACUUCAUGAUAUCUGAGCGGCGUAAGCCCUCGCAGAGGAAACCGAUCGUCUGGUUCGACAAGUCUUUCUUCACAGACCCCGUCUUUUGGAGUCUCGGCGGCUGUUUCUUCUUCACCGUCUUCGGCUAUCUGUCCCCGGUGUUCUUCCUGCCUACCUUCGCGCAGGAGAAGCUGCCCAAUUUGUCGCCUCUGCUCUCCAUCCUACCAGUAGCUAUGCUCAACUUCUCUGCUGCGACCGGCCGCACUCUCGUAGGCUUGCUCGGCGACCGCAUCGGCCCGGUCAACGCGCUCUGGAGCGCCAUCAUGCUUUCUGGCCUCAUCCAGAUGCUCGUUUGGUCCUUCGUCUCUACUUAUGCUGGCAUCAUGGUCUUUGGCAUCAUGUAUGGCUUCGUGUGUGGCUGCUUCCUCUCGCUCAGUCCGGCAGUCGCUUCGCAGCUGUACGGCUCGAGCAGGCUGGCUGGGUUGUCGGGGCUGUUGUUGAUGUUCAAUCUCCCAGGCAACAGCGCCGGUGCCCCCAUCGGAGGCGCGAUCCUGUCAGCGACGGGGGGCAAUUGGCUCGCGGUCUCGCUCUACUCGGGCAGUCUCCAAAUCAUCGGGGCCACUGUGCUGCUAUAUGCGCGAUUCAAGCGCGAACCGAAAAUAUUCACGGUGUACUGA